GGGCUCAGAAUCUGGGGAAUGGAAUGUGAAGAAAGGGCGUCAAGUGCUUUGUGACAAAUAUGCAAGCAAGUCGAAGAAACGUUAAAGCUCAAGCCAUUUCUCAGUCGAUCGUGCAGAAGAUGUAGUCAUUUCUCUAAACGGAAAAGUCCUUUACUACGAAUGGGUUGCGGUCAAAGUGUAGAGGAAAGGGAGGCUAUUUCUCGCAGCAAAGCUAUAGAGAAAACCUUAAAACAAGAUGGCGACAAGGCCCUGAAGGAAGUCAAACUGCUCCUUUUAGGGGCUGGUGAAUCUGGAAAAAGCACCAUUGUGAAGCAAAUGAAAAUUAUUCAUGACAAUGGGUUCACAGAGGAAGAUUAUCGAAGAUAUAGACCAGUCAUCUUCAGUAAUGCUAUCAUGUCUCUUAUUGCCAUUCUCCGUGCCAUGGAAAAACUACAUGUACCUUUUGGAGAGGAACGGCGAAUUAGCGAUGCAAGGCUAGUUUUCGAAACAGCUAUGCGAGGAGAAGAUACCUUGCAAUUCUCAGCAGAAUUAUUAGAGAGCAUGAAACGACUUUGGGUUGACCGAGGCGUUCGUGAUUGCUUUCAGCGGUCCAGAGAGUAUCAGCUAAACGAUUCCGCAAAAUAUUACUUGGAUUGUUUGGAAAGGCUUGGCUCUCCUUCCUAUCGACCUACCGAACAAGAUAUAUUAAGAACUCGUGUUAAGACAAUCGGCAUAGUUGAAAUACAGUUUACAUUUCGGAAACUGCAUUUUAGAUUGCUCGAUGUUGGUGGGCAAAGGACCGAAAGGCGGAAGUGGAUACACUGCUUCCAGGACGUAACGGCUAUUAUUUUCUGUGCUGCUCUUAGUUGUUAUGAUCUAAAAUUAGCUGAAGAUGAAACAACAAAUCGAAUGGUUGAAAGCUUGAAGCUGUUCGACUCGAUUGUCAACAACGAAUGGUUCACAGAUACAUCAGUGAUACUUUUCUUGAAUAAAAAGGACCUUUUCGAGGAGAAAAUACCCUUUUCGCCUAUCACAAUUUGUUUUCCUGAUUAUACAGGACCUAUGAUGUUUGACCCUGCAAGUUCAUUUGUUAAGCAGAAAUUCUUAGAAAAAAAUAGGAACGAAAAUAAGGAAGUUUACGUACAUUUGACCUGUGCUACUGACACUCAAAACAUAGAUUUUGUUUUCAAAGCGGUUACAAAUACAAUUAUACAAGCGAACUUAAAAAAGUCUGGCCUAACGUGAUUUUACCUUUGAGAAGAAUUCAUCCGUCCGAUACUGGAAGAUGGAGCGACUCGCCGUACGGUAAAAAUGCCACUCGAAACCUGAUUGAUUUGAAUCACAAAGAAACCCUAAUGGGUUAACCACCCAACCAGCGAAUUGUUAACGACUCACGUGGGUGACUUUGAGGCGCAAUGUUUCCAUUUGAAACGUCCUACUGGGAGAAGAAAUCAUGCUGGCUACGCCUCACUGAAAAUGAUUUAUCUCAAAUAUUCUUUAUACUGUGUUCCAAGUGGAAUUUCCAAAUUGAAUGUAAAUACGUGGAUGCAACAAGACAACAAUUUUAGGCAGAUUUGAACAUCUUCUCGAUUUCGAUAGCGUAUUAAUUUUGAAUUUGUUUAUACCUGAUUCGACAUCUAUUAACAUAGGUUUGUGGUUUGGGUGCUUUUGUACUCGGACUGAGGUAAAUAUCCUCUUGUUCUUGCAUAGAGAGUUGAUUUAAUCAAACAUCAUAACUUUUUCUGUUUGCCCACUGACAAUAUGUAUAUGUAUAAGACAACUGACAAGGUCAAGAUACCUAUCUUCCUUGUAUAUACCGAUUGGUAUUUGUUUAGAAGAUGCGUCUUCAUUUCAUAGUAUACUUCUACCCCAGCAAGGCUGUUAAGGAAUUGACAUAAAUAAGUUCCUAUUUCCGCUUGUAUAUUUGAAAAUAUAUGUAAUGGCCGGUUUCCGCUUGACUCGCAACUUGGCGACAGCGAAUCAACAAAUCAGCGAAUGCGACCAGUCUCAACUGAGUUGAACUAUCCGGUCGCGCAUUCGCAACGCACGAUGAAGUUCAAUUUGCGCAUGCUCCAAUGUACAUUCGCUCAGUCGUGCGACCAGAGCGAAUCAAAUGGAAACCGGCCUUAAGGGAUAUAAAAAUCCACGGCAGUUAAAAGUUGUUCUCCCUGUAUGUUGUGCGAGUUUCAUUAUGACAUCUUCUACUACUUUUUAGGUUGACUUUAUCUGCUGCUACUAAAUAAUUCACGCUGUAUAAUCUAUUUCUGUCUCGUUUUGCCGUCCCAAGUCUUGAAGGACUUUCCCGCCAAUGCAUUUGUGUAGAAAAAUAUCUCAAAUCGGUAGCUUGUUAUAAAGAAUGUGAAACAACUGAUGUAGAACUUUUAAAGAAUAGUUUAGAGGUUAUGAGCUGUAAUGGUGAGGAAGAUUUAUUCGCUUUUUUGCUAAGCAGACUCAACAAAUCUUAUCGUGUUAGAGGUUGGCAGGAAGGUUCCUGUGCAAGGUUGUAUCUGUCAACUUUUUUCAUCCAUGACUACAUUUAGGUGUUGGACAAGUGUACACCCCCAAAAACGGGUCAUGUAUAUCUCCGUUUCCAUUAUAUCAGUGAACGAUUUUUUAAUGCAAUAUUUAUGGCAAGUAAUAGGGGUCUGCGAGAUCACUCCCCACCCCCUCCGGUUAAGCCUACUGUCAAUAAAAGGACUUAAGUAUCUCGAGCCUGACAGAAUUUUAAAAAAUUGGGUAAGCUGUGUUAAU